UUUGUUUACAUUUAUUUUUCUUAAAGAAUAUUAUUUAUUGCUGCCAUGUCAGAUAAAUUUAAAGUUAUUGAUCAUGUUACAUUUGAACAACUGCAACAGAGUAGCAAAUCUGCUAUUGCAACAUCCGCAGUUCCUAAAAUUCGCAAUGCAAAAUAUAAGCGUAUGGCUGCAGCAGCUGAUAGCGGCUUUAAUUUGCUACAAUUUGUGAAAAAGGCGGAUCGUGGUGGUAAACAAGCCAAGAAGCGAAAACAUAAGGUGACGAAAAGGAUAUUAGAUGAACGUUUCAAGCAUUCAUUCAGGAAAAAAGGCAAACAACGAGAAAAUGGUAGUAAACUAAAGAUAAGUCGUUUAAAAAAGUCUGUAUUGCGAUACAGACAACUAAAACGCAAUCAGGAGAAAAUGCAGGAUGAGAUUGUAACUCAGUUGGAGGGUUUAAAACUUGUCGCUAAUAAUGCACCAACAGAGGUGGCAAGUGAAAAAAGCCGUAUACAUUCUGGGCGUUUUCGUGAUUAUUGCGAGAAUUGCACAACGCCUACGCUGAAGCAACACACUGAGCGCUUGCUUAGAGAAUUAAAUCGUUUCCAACGAAGAGCAUAUGUCCAAAACGAGAUAAAGGCCCGUGCUCAUCGUCGCCUUGUGAUAGGCUUUCGAGAAGUGCAAAACUUUUUGUCCAUUAGCAAAGUGAAAUUGGUCAUAAUUGCCACAGACUGUGAAAGAUGUGAGGGAACAGCUGGCUUGGAUGAGACCAUAUCUAACAUCAAGAGACUAUGUCAUGACCAACAGAUUCCCAUAUGUUUUCCAUUGCAAAGAAGGCAAUUGUCGUACAUGCUGUACAAAAAGGCAUCGAUAAGUUGCAUAGGAAUUUUAGAUUACGAUGGUGCCCGAGAGACAUUCCAGCAAUUGCUUGUAGCAUUAAAUGAUGCAAGGGAAAUGUAUAGAAAAAUGCAGCAUUGUAAUACAACAUGAAAGGAAAAUUUUUAUACGACAUUAUUAAGCAACUUGAAAUGAGAUUUUUUUUUGGCAAAUUGGUUUUAAUAAAUUAAUCCUUUUAAAAAAA